AUGCUCAAAGGCUUCCAAUCAAUCUUGCUGAGCUGCUUUUUCCUUGCUCAACCACUCAAACAGUUGAUGAAGCCGGUCAAGAAUUGUCUCUACUCAGACCCAAAUCAACUUGAACGGACAUUUGUCAGCCAUCAAGCUCUUGAUUCCAAAGGAAACGAGGCCAAGGGCGUGAUUGAGAAGGCUAGGGCCAUGUUCAAAGCAGGUUGA